AGUGUGUGUGUGUGUUAAAGAGGUACACACUCCCCACAAUUUAUACCACAGGUUUUCAUGCUAAACAGUAGCUAUAAGUGGUCAUUAAAUAUUCAAAUCAGGAUGUACAUUAUAAAGUAUUCAUUUCUACAUGUAUGUCAGGAUGUGUGUUAAGGCAGGACUGCACAUACUUCAAUUUAUUCAAAUUGGAGAGGAUCGAUUCAUCAUACCUUAUUUUCCUGCUGCUAGUUUUAACAAGUCAUGGUGUCCACCCGUUUUAUUGUCAGGAAAGUCGUACCUGUUGUCUUCUUUCUGAUUAGCUUGAUUCUGUUAACUCGACGUUUACCAUUGGAUAUAAGGGAGACUACUCCAGAUGAUUCAGAUAAUAAGGCUAUUGAGGACUCUGCCCCAAAUUCAGAGACACUCUUCCGUCAAGAUGAACGUGUGGGCUACUGGAAUAAAUUUGUAGCAGACAACAUCAAAUAUAAAGGUGAAAGAGACAAUUUUGUUUUCAUUAAGUGCAUGAAGUGUGCAACUCAAACAGUGGCAGGUGCACUACGUCGAUAUGCAUUCACCCGUAGGUUAAAUGUUGUCCUCCCCAGGGACAGCAACAUCUACCUAGGCUGGCCUUAUUUGAUGGAUGAAGUAGACUACAGGCCUUCAGAGGAGAAAUUUAACUGUCUCAUUGAACAUGCCAUAUACAACCGAACAAUCAUGGAGCCACUGUUUCCACGAAACACUCCGUUCAUCACAAUUAUCAGGGAACCUUGGAACCACUUCAAGUCAACAUUUCACUAUUUCAAAGUGGACAAAAUAGUAGGCAUCAAAGCACAGGACCCAAAAGAGGAAUAUUUAAAGAAUAUAGAAAAAUAUGAAUCCAUAUAUAAAAGUCAUGAAUCUCGUCCAUAUAGGUACUGCAUCCCUGACGGGUUUUCGGUUACCAAAAAUCUACUGUCACAUUGUUUAGGAAUGCCUUUAGGGUUUCCACAAAGUCGGGCAGACUAUUCACAAAACGAGGUAUUGGCUAAUGAGUACAUUAAGAAAUUGGACAGGGAAUUCGGACUUGUUAUGAUAGUGGAAUAUUUUGAUGAAUCCAUGAUAUUUCUGAAGAGACUAAUGAGUUGGUCAUUUAAAGAAAUUGUGUACAAAAAAUCAAAUGUCGGAAGUUAUGCAAAGGAUGCCUAUCCACAAUAUAUUAAAAACAUACAUAGAGAAUGGAGCUCUGUAGACUAUAAAUUGUACGACCAUUUUCGGGAAAAAAUGGAAUUAAAAAUACAAAAUGGUGGACUUGGAUUUCAAAGUGAAUUAAAACAAUUUAGGCAGAUUCUUUCUGAAUUGAACAGAUUUUGUGCAUCUGCUAGACGAUCGUCAAGAAUAAAUGCCAAAAUUUCUUUUAAACAUUUCACUUUUACAGGUUAUGAAUGUGCUUUUCUUGGUGAAGAGGUGAAUCAUUUGGAUUUAUUGCAGAAAAGAAAUAAUGCAGAAUUAACUGAAAAAUUAAAGUCUUAUAAAAGAACAUGCUAAAUUUUAUUGAUAAAUUAGUCUAUAAUAAUAUAUAA